UCACGUUGCGCACAUGGAUCGGGUCGAGGUGACCACGCCACACCCAGCAGACCGAGGCGGAGUGGCUGUGCUGGAGGAGCGGCUUGUGUAACAGCUGUAUCAGCCAGUGGCACCGACACAGCCUGCGCCAGCUCGGUGUGAGAUGUCCAGAGGAGGCGGCGCGUUCAGCGGCCUCUCAGCGCCACAGGGGCUGCGAAACAGUUGAAGAUAUUCCGGCAUAGUCUGCGAACAACAGUGUUUGCGUGCGUAUGUUUUUGUCGGAGCUGUAGCCACUUUUUGGAGGAAUGAGAGGCGUAUGUCCGGCUCUCAACAUGGGAUUGUUUUUGCACGCUGUUGGCUCUGUCACCCCCACCGAGUCCGCAGCAGACAGGAGCCUGCUGCAAUGUGAAGGUGUGAACAACCAGAGCUACGUCUGUGAGUCUGGACACUGCUGCGGGGAGUCUCAGUGCUGCAGCUACUACUAUGAGCUCUGGUGGUUCUGGUUGGUGUGGGCGAUCAUCUUCAUCCUGAGCUGCUGCUGUGUGUGUCACCACCGCCGCACCAAACAGCGUCUGCAGCAGCAACAACGGCAGCACGAGAUCAACCUCAUCGCUUACCGCGAGGCACACAACUACCCCUCCGUGCCCUUCUUCUUCAGGUUCCUGCCAAACUACCUCCUGCCUGACUACGAAGAAGUGGUCAACCGGCCCCCGACUCCUCCCCCUCCCUACAGUGCCUUACACACAGGCCCAUCCUCAGUGGCUACUAGUCCUCUGGCUGCUGAUCAGCAGGAGGGACACUGUCCAAAUGUCCAGCCCACUCCGGUGCCCCCGGUCUCUGACAGUCUGAGCAGACCUGGGAUAGAGGAACCACAACCCCCCACCUUAGACUUGAGGCCAAAGCCUGACAACAAGCCCCAAGAGUCUGGCGUGAUACCACUGUCAGACGGGCUCAACAGGGAGGUACUAAGCAACCCGGAGAAAAGAAGCGGCGGUGCGGAGGACUGCUGCAAGGACCCCCUGCUGAAGGAGCCGCCGGAGGGUCCUGCUGAGGACAAAGAUCGACUCCCCAAUGGACGGAGGAGGCGAUUCACGGGGGACUCCGGGAUUGAGGUGUGCGUGUGCGGCUCACGCGGGAGCAGUGGUUUUAGUGGAGCUGGAGGGACAGGCCAGGAGGGAAAGGAGUUGAGGGAGCUAGAGAGCCUGCUGGGGCACGAGGGGGUAGACGAGGAGGGCAGGGAGGAGGAAGAGGCGAGCGACUUCUGCGACAGCUGUGGCCAUCGAGCCUGCUUCGAUGCGGAGGAGGAGCAGGCGCCUGGCGAGCCAGAGAGGCGGGUCGCACGCGGGCCUCCUCAGCCGACUAUCCAAGCGAGCGGUGCCACACCCAACCCCCCAGUGUGCCUCCUCCUCCACACCAUCAACGAGCAGGAGGGGCCGCCCUUCGGCACCAGCACUGAGCCACAGGGCUGACACUGACCUGCGUGUCUGAGAGGGAAGAGGCUUUUGUAUCUGAGCGAGUGUUUUAUGUCUAAAUACUGAGUUCAAGUAUUUUUGUGAAUGUGCGUAGAUAAAAACAGGUGUGAGAGCGGGAAGUUGAAACUCAAAGAAAUAUGACUGAGAGAGUUGAGAAAAACUGCUCCCCCCCCACACUGGAAUGAUGGCCUUAACCUGUGGUUUUUCAUUUGGGCAGUCCAAGCCCUUUAACAAACCUGGGGCAAAUUGAGACUUACACACACACACACACACACACACACACACACACACACACACACACACACACACACACACACACACACACACACACACACACACACACACACACACACACACACACACACACACACACACACACACACACACACACAGUCCUUCAGUUGACCUUGUCAUGCCACAGAAACUACUGACACACAGUCAAAGACUUGAAAGCUAAAGCUGUGACGUCAGGAAGGGACAUUCACUGCCCUGGAUUAACGCAGCUCUGCAUUUUGGGUGCUUUUAACAUUUCUACAAAGCCAUUUUUCAAGGCAGGAAACUAGGUAGUAAAAACAAAAGGAACACACACAGCAGGAACAUUUUUGGAUGAGUGCAACGUGGAUUUGCCACUGUGCGUGCUUAUGCUAACUGAUACUGUACAGGGACGCUAGAACAAGACUGUGUGUAGACGUCCAGUCAGAUUUCUUAAGUGCUUCUUUAGCGAUUUGAAAACCGCUCUGCCUCGUGUGUGUUUGUAUUGCUCUCUCUGCCCCAGAUAGUGAUAGAGAAGUAUAAGUGCAUUUACAAAUCUUUAUGUGAGCAGUUCCUAUUUUUUGCACAAAGUGUAUUUAUCUUUAUACAAGGAACCUAAAUGGCUUAAACCAAUCAAAAACAGCUUUUCAGUCUUAAAUUGCAGUUACAUGAUUUAGUGUCUUAGGGUGUGGGUGCAACAUCAAUAAGAAAUGAACCUCUGUGGACUGUUAGCAGGGAAUGCAACAGAUUCACUCUGAACACAAUCACUAAACAAAAUAAUCGAAUGAAUGUUUGUAGUGCCUACGCUCCCCAAAGAAAAUGCAGAACUUGUAUGAACAAUGACGGUUUCCAUGAAACUGAGAGACAAUGAUAAAGAAGGUACCAAAAACAAACAAAACAAAAUAAUGCAUAAAAAGCUUCUUAGAGAUUACAAAUGAGAACGUCAGACCUCUAACUUGGUCACUUCUAUACAUAACCACCUUCACCAGCUAUUCAAAUAUUGACACCCUGUAUGGAAUUUUCAUAGUAGCACAACUUGAUCACAGUUUUGCUGUGGUAUUCAUCCAUUAAACAUCAACAGCAGCGUCAUAUUAAGUUGGAUUCAAUUGCAAUUUAACCAAAAUAGCUAUAUAAACAGCUAUAUAGCUAUGAAUAUGUUUGAGUAAUUAAUGACUGUCGAUAUAAUGCACUGUACUGUACAAUCUGAGAGAGGAAAUGCUCCUUUAUAGAGAAAAGAAUCUAAUAUUUUUGGUGUAUGUGUAUUUUCCUUUAUUUUUAUACCAUAAUUUAGCCUGUUAAAUGGAAUAAUACCUCUUUGGGGACUUUAAUUCAUUAAGUUUAGAUAAAGGAAAAUAAACCAAGUAGCAAAAAAUCUGAUAAGGUAAUACAAUAAGUUUGGUAGUUGUCCUUUGUUAUUAUCGACACCGUUAAAAGAGAGGAUAUUAUUUGUUUUAUGGAAAAACAUUACAGUUUAAAAAGCAAUAUUCAUAAUGCUGCACUGCGAAUAGAAAGCAAAGACCACCGUUGUUCCAUCAUAAGGAUGUUCUCUGUAAUGCCUUUAAGAUCCUGAAUGAUUCAACCUUACCUUUCAAUCCAGAUUUGAAAGAAGUUCUAAUGAUGAAUUUAGCCAUGAAAAGGUUCUAACAGGAGCAUGCAAUGAAAAACAAAUACAAAAAUAAGAAAUUAGACUUUGUCCAGUCCCUUUAAAUGAACUAGAACUUGAUGACGCUACAUGUCAUGACUCAUGAUAAUGUCUUUUUUUUAGAUUUCUUUGGAGCAUCCUGAAAGAUGAGCAUGUCCCAAUGUUGCAAAGCAAAUAUAUUGCACAGAUUUAUCUAUAAAGUGAGAUUUUAGGGCCUAAAACAAUCUAACAAGAGAUGUCUUUCAAAACUUCUAGCACAAGUUGAAUUGUAACGUGAACCUUCUGUAAGCAGUGAGAUAUUUGAAUCCUACACAUGAAUGCCUGAACACUCUAAAGUGCUUUAUAUGUCGAUGCUUUUUGUGAACUCGAAUGUGAUAUUGUGGUGCAUGAUGUACCAAGAAAAGCUAUUUUUCAUAUCGGCUGAAAACCUUUAAAAAAUAAAUAAACAUUGGAACUGUAUCCAAUUUCAGAACCACUUUAUAUUUGAAAAUAUGUAAAAUAUACUGUAACAUGUUUGUGAACCAAAUAGUUGCUUUCAUAAUUUUUAUGAAAUCAUUAGCUUUAUUGUUAUGGACAGACUUUGUCAUUAUGGCUAUUAUUUUUUUCUGUUAUGAGAAGAUUUCACUUCUUAAGUUGUGUGAAGGGUACGUUUUGACUAACAAGACUCUGGAUAAAUGUAAACAAGAUCAGGGGCAUCUUGCCAAAGACACCUUUUCUUUCUUAAACCAGUGUGUGUGUACGGUGGUUUUGCACAUGCUCUGAUCAUAAGCCAUUUAUUACAACCAACCAUGGACGUAUGUUUAAUAAAACAUGCCCUUUCAAAUUCAA